AUGGUUAAUCAAACAUAUGGUGGUACAACUAAUAUGAAUUCAUCAUCAUCUUCGGAACAAAAUAAGAAAAUUUUCCUCGGUGGUUUAAGUUAUAAUACUACUGAUGAAACAUUACGUGCAUUUUGUUCUCGUUUUGGUAAAAUGACAGAUUGUGUUGUUAUGCGAACUUCUGAAGGAAAAUCACGAGGCUUUGGUUUUGUUACUUAUGAAGAUGCAUCAUCUGUCGAAGAUUUUAUGCGUUCUAGACCACAUACAAUUGAUAAUCGUCAAAUAGAUUCAAAACGAGCAAUGCCACGUGAAGAUCAAAAUAGUACUGAAUCACAUUUAACAGUAAAAAAAUUAUUUGUUGCUGGUUUACGUGAUGGUAUUGAUGAAGCAUGUCUUCGACAAUAUUUUUCUCGUUUUGGAAAUGUUACAGAAAUUCUUGUUAUGAAUGAUCGUGAUGGUAAACCUCGUGGUUUUGCUUUUGUUUCAUUUGAUGAUUAUGAUGCUGUUGAUAAAGUUAUUCUUGAAAAACCACAUUUAGUUAAUGGUCGAACUUUAGAUGUUAAAAAAGCUGUACCAAAAGAAAAAAUGCAAGAAGGAUCAAAUCCAACUGGAACUAAUAGUGGUACAUCAUUUCCUAGAAAUUAUUCUGGUUCUGGUCAAAGAAAUAAUUUUAGUUCAAUGCGAGAUAAUAAUGAAGGUUGGGAUAAUCAAAAUUAUAAUCAACCACCACCACCACCAUCUUCAUCAUAUGGUCAACAAGGAUAUAAUUCAAAUGGAUCGGGUUUCAAUCCAUCAAAUACAGGUGCUUUUCCUUCAUUAUAUAAUUCCAUGGAACAAAUUCAACCACCUCCACCACCACCUAUGCCACAACAACCAAUGAUGAAUUAUAAUUCGUAUAAUACUAAUCCAAAUAUGCCGUUUAAUAAUAAUGUAAAUCAACCAUCAACUCCAAACUUUAUGCCACCAUCUUAUGGAUCAAAUCAACAACAAGGUUAUGGUACAAAUCCAAAUAGUUUUAAUAAUAUGAAUAAUCCAUUUCAAUUACCAUCACAACAAACUAAUAGUAGCAGUAAUGUUGGUGGAUAUAAUAGUGGUUCAUCCAUGCCAAAUCUAUUUGAUAAUUCAAAUUCAUAUGGAGUCAGUUCACAAAAUUAUAAUGAUAAUGGAAUUAAUUAUAAUGAUAUAUCACAACAAGAAUCACGUGGAGGUGGUUCCAUGCGUGGUAAACGAGGUCGAGGAGGUGGUCCUUCUGGAAAUAAUAAUUCGCCAAAUUUUAGCAAUCGUUCAGCACCAUAUCCAAAACGUGGUAAUAGUCGUGGUGGUGGUGGUGGUGUAUCAAAUUAUGGUGGCCGUGGUCGAGGUCGUGGCCAAUAA